AUGGUGGAGUUCAUGCCCUUGUCCAAGCAAUGGGAGCGCAGGCUGCAGACCUUCGUGGUCCUACAGAUGUUCUUCUUCACAACGGUCCUGCCUCAUAUCUGCAGUGUGGUCUUCAUAGGCCUCCUGUUCACAAGAUUCUGGAUCUUCAGUGUCCUAUAUGCAACCUGGUUGUACCUUGACCGAGAUAAGCCACGGCACGGGGGCAGACGUGUUGAGGCCAUAAGGCGCUGGUUCAUUUGGAAGUACGUGAAGGACUAUUUCCCCAUCUCGCUGGUCAAGACUGCCGAGCUGGACCCCUCCUGGAACUACCUUGCUGCUUUCCACCCUCAUGGGAUCAUACCCACCGGAGCUAUUGCCAACCUGUGUACCGAGAGCACCAGCUUCUCCUUGGUCUUCCCCGGCAUCCGCCCAUAUCUUGUGACACUGAACAUAAUUUUCUGGUUCCCCUUCUUCAGGGAUUGCAUGAUGUCAUGCGGGCUGGUCUCAGCAGACAAGGAGAGCGCUGCUCACAUUCUGAGCAGGGAGGGAGGCGGCAACCUGCUGGCCAUCGUUGUUGGGGGCGCCCGGGAAGCUUUGCACACGAAGCCUGGAACCUACAAGCUGGUGCUGCGGAACCGCAAGGGCUUCAUCAGGCUCUCCCUGAGCCAUGGCGCAGCUCUAGUGCCAAUCUUCUCCUUUGGGGAGAAUGACAUAUUUGACCAGGUUGAGAACGCCCCUGGCUCCUGGUCGCACUGGGUCCAUGACCAGCUAUACAAGAUCAUGAGCUCCUCCCUCCAAGUCAUACUUGGCUGUGAUCACUUCCAGUACCGCUUUGGUGUUGUGCCCCACCGCCGGCCCAUCACCACCGUGGUGGGGAAGCCCAUUGAGGUGCAGAAGACACCGCAUCCCUCACAGGAAGAGGUGGACGAGCUGCACCAGCGCUACAUGAAGGAGCUGAGCAACCUCUUUGAAGCCCACAAGCUCAAGUACAAUGUGCCCAGUGACCAACACUUGGAAUUCUGUUAG